AUGGCCUGGAAGGAUCACUUGAAACGUCUCAAGAAUGAGUUCGAAAACUUGAUUUCGGAGCCCGGGGCUCAGAACCAACAACAGCAGCAGCAACAGCAGCCGGGCCAGCAACAAUACGCACCACCGGUGCCACCGCCGCUGCCACAGCAGCAGCAGCCGGGACACGUUUACUGGCAGCCUCAGUUCCGACCUGACGUGCCCGUCUCUCAAGAAUGGGACGCUAAGAUUGGUAACGGGCCCGAUGGUUGGGGUAACCAGGAAUUGGAGCACUACACCGCCGAGCAGCAGAAUGCCUUCCACACAACGGAUGGUAAGCUCGUGCUCCGGGCCAUCGCAAACUGCUCCGCUCCCAGCCACGAGCAGAAAUACACCUCUGCCCGUCUGGUGAGCAGACAGACGCUGGCGCGGGACCAGGGCGUCCUGACGGCGGUGAUCCUAUCCCCGUGCGCCGAGGGCAUCUGGCCCGCCUUCUGGCUUCUCCCGCAGGAACCCUUCGCGUGGCCUACGGAUGGAGAGGUCGACAUCGCCGAGACCUGGAACGGCGACUGCGAGAACCACUCGUGUCUUCACUGGGGCCAGCACCACGAGCCGCAGAAGCAUCGGGUUUUGGGGACCAAGAUCCACGAUAUGCAGUACCGGCCCGUGAGGUACGACCUCGCAUGGGUCCAGCCCGGUGGUCAGCCCGGGCAGGGACGGAUGAUUUGGUAUAUCGAUGGCAGGCCGAUCAUGAAGGCGGAGAUCCCGGAGGGCACGAGACCGAUGAGGGAUAUGACGAUCCUGUUGAACGUGGCGAUGGGAGGCAAUGUUUGCGGUGGGAGGACCCCGAGAGACGGGUACUACGAUAUGGUUGUGCAUUCGCUGUUCAUGGGCAGCGAGCCCGAAUAUGGUGGAUGGCAGCGGUUUGAGGGUGAUUGGGGUGCGACACCCCUUGGCAACACCUACUGA